AUGUGGUAUCUCAAAGAUGUGAAGAACAUGACUGAGCUGGUAUUCACUGUAGUUGACCAAGACUUCAAGUACAUCGAGAAUUCGCCUCUCCUGGAGUUCAUGUUGGGCACGAACCCACUAUCCCAAUUGGGUGCAUUUCUAGAGAGACUAUUGUACGUGGCACCGUAUGAGUUUAGGGAUAGAAACAGCGGCAAGGCCUUCGACGUCCUCAUGUCCUAUAUUAUGGCUGGAGAUGAAUGGAGUCUCCUGUCCAACGCAUCAAAUGCCACCAAAACAACCUCUGAAAUCAUGUCAACCACCCCAUCGAAUUCCAGAGGCGAAUCAGCGAAUAACCUGCAUUUUCUUCAGGAGGCAAGUGCACUUCCAGCGAACGAUCUAUAUUUGAAGGAAAAAAAAUCAUCUGAGCAAUUCGAAUCAACAUGCCCUUCUCCUAUUCAGAAAACGACGUCCUCACCACCGCCGAGCAUUAAAGGAAUUAUUGUUCAUCAGAGCGAACUUCAUGGACUUGGAGUGGAAGACAGCUCCGCUGCGACCGAAGACUACUUGAAUUAUGUGAAAUUGCUGGGAGCCUUCUCUAAUGCGGAUGAGACGCUGAAGCGGAAGAUCGUGAAUACAUUGAUGAUGCUGAUUCCACAAUAUGGGGCUUGCUUCAUGUUCAACACGGCCUGGAAUCCAAAAGAUACCAUUGCAGGGAGGAGGGUAUCGAGCAAAACUGGAGAAGAAACAGGGUUGUCUCUAGAAAUAUACGUGGAUCGGAUAAACCACAUCAACAGCCCAACGGCAUCGAGUGUAGGAGCCCGAGUGACCAUUCAUUCCCCGAAUAAAUGGCCCAAUCCCGUGGAACAGGGAUAUCUCGUUCAGCCCAACACUCGCAAUAUCUUUGCCUUGCAAAACGUGAACAUGUCCAGGCUGGAGAGUCCCUACAGCACAGACUGUUUAUCGGACUGGAGUCGUACUGACUACAAACCCUUUUAUUCUAUGGAAAAUACGAAGGCCAGCCUCGACUACAGCCUAGUCCAAUGCGAGAGGCUGAGGGAGACUGCCGAGAUUGCAAAGACAUGCCAUUGUCUCAACCCCGAAAUCCAGGACAAUUUUCUUGACAACGGGAAAUCCUAUCAGAGCUAUCCGAAGUGCAAUAUCAGCAUAGGAGGUGAGUUCCUCAAUCAAGAAAUGCAAGGAAAUCUCGGACUAGAUUCUUUUCGAGGCAGCCCUUACGGAACUUCCAAAUACAGGCGUAUGUAUAGGAUUGUACAGUACUGA